GACAUAUGGGGAUUCUCAGUAUUGGCACGUAAUUAAAUGUAGUUACCCGCCGACUAGAAUUGAGAACUCGACGUCUAUUCGGUAGCUCUUGAAUUGAAAAAUUGUGUGAUGCAAUUUUAAGUAAUGUAUGAUUCUCAGUACUAAUCAACUUAUUCUCUCUUAAAUUAUCCAAUUAAGAUCCAAUAGCGAAUAUUUUUAGUGAGUAGUGAGUUCUGAGAAUUAACAAGGUUGUUUAUUAUAUUCAAACUUUUGAAAGUGGAAAAUAUGGAUGGAUAUGCAUUAGGAAUUGACAUUGGUACCACUUCUGUAAAGAUUUGUGUCCUGAACCUCAAAGAUAAUGUUGUGGUCGCUGAACAAUGCAAAGACACCCAAUCGAACGUUCCAAGUGCUCAAGGGAUAGAUGGAAAUAAGCAGGAUGUUCCCAAAAUCAUAUCUGCAAUCAACAACUGUGUGGCUAAAUUUUCGAAAGAUUUAUUACAAAAGGUGAUACGAAUUGGAAUAUGUGGUCAAAUGCAUGGGGUCAUGUUUUGGAAACAGAGGACCUCGAAACCUUGGGAAAGAAUAGAAAAAGAUGGAAAUUUAGUAAGAUAUGAUGUUAAACCUGAUCAGGUUUCGAACAUCUAUACCUGGCAGGAUAACAGAUGUUCUAGAGAAUUUUUGGAUACUUUACCUGUUCCCGAUUCUCACCUGCAGAUUCACAGCGGUUUUGGCAUUCCGACCAUGUUCUGGAUGAUGAAAAACAGGCCUGAAGAAAUGAAGAAUUUCGAUAGAGCUGGCACUAUCCAAGAUUUCGCUGUUGCCAUGCUAUGCGACAGCGACGUAAAUUACAUUUCGGAGCAAAAUGCAGCAAGUUGGGGUUAUUUCAACUGCAGUUCGUACAGUUGGAAUUUUAAACUGUUGGAGAAGGCUGGUUUUCCAGUGAGGCUGCUGCCGGAGGUCAGAAUGAGUGGACAAAUAGCCGGACAUCUAGCGGAUACUUGGCAUUCGAUUCCCAAGGGAACUCCCAUAGGUGUGGCCAUGGGAGAUCUGCAGUGUUCCGUGUUACCGACCAUUGAAGAAAGCACAGACGCAACCUUAAACAUCUCAACAUCUGCUCAGCUAGCUUACGUGGUAAAUAAAAAAUUAGAAGAAGGUGAAUUAUCGGGACCACCUAAAUGCAAACCCAUGGCUUACCAACCUUACUUCAAUGGGUCUCAUCUGGCAGUCGCAGCCUCUCUCAAUGGGGGCAACUCUUUGGCCACCUUUGUAAAGGCGCUUCAGCACUGGAUUCUCGAGCUCGGUAUUCCGAUUCCUCAAGAGAAACUAUAUCCGAAAUUGAUAGAGUUAAGCAAGGGCGAGAAAGCUUCUUCGGAUCUGGUGGUGAACCCGACUUGUUGGGGCGAAAGACAUAAUCCUGGUUUAACGGCAAGCGUCUCGAAUAUCAACGUUGGUAAUUUGGAAUUGGGGCAGAUUUUCAAGGCUAUCUGCGAGGGGAUGAUCAGAAAUCUACACAGCAUGAUGCCGAAGGAGGUUCUAGAACAGUCCAACAUCAAAAGAAUAGUUUGCAGCGGUUCAGGCAUUACAAGGAACGAAACGUUACAGAACGCCGUCAAAGAAAUCUAUGGCAUUCCUUACAAAAUUGCCAAAAGCUCGGACGCAGCUAAGGGUGCUGCAAUGGCUAUGAAACCAAACUAGAUUAUGUGAUUUUUUGUUGUUGCGUAUUAAUUUAAGAAUAAAUUGUUGAAAUUAAGUAAUUA